AUGGUCCAUGGGCAAUUUACAUCGCCCCACACAAGAGAAGGCACGUUCAUUUACGGCAAAAGGAGAACUGGAAAAUAUUACACGAUCGAGAUUCCCAUGAACGAGCCAUCUGUCGCCGACAUAAGUUUCACUAGGAAACCAGAUCGGAGAAAGAAAGACCAGAAGAAAUCCGCAACUGAAAAGGAACCUUGGUCUGCGAGCGAUUCCGGUCCUCACCUCGACGGGCUACCAGAGCGGAUAAGAAUCAGCUCUCAGAGACUGGUGUCUUUCUUGAAUCACGAAUUUGUCGAUGGUAAUCUUGCGUUUUCUGUGGGCUCCGCAGGUUUUUCGAUGCUCCGACCGUUCAAGUUUCUCAUUCAUCAUGACAAGCGGUUUCGAGCACGAGUCAAGGAGCUAGAGGGGGUUCUCAAUCGACUCAAAGAGAAUGCACCGGAUGAUUAUGACGAGAGCGUUUCGAUCCACACAGACUUCAUAAAGCGAAACUGGCAGGGGCUUCAGUAUAGCUUGACUGAACUAACCGGAAUCCUGGCAGAUUGCCAUUGUUUGCUUGCAUUCAUGGAUAAGCAGCUAUACCCAGAGCAAGCCCGGUUAGCUGCUGGCCCAGAUACUGUGCGCUUUUGCGACCUCUUUUUCCUGUUCCCACGAGGAUCCCUUGUGUAUGUCAAAGACUCCGGUAUUCCACAAAAGAUUUGGCGGGUCAUGCAAGCAUCAGGCGGUCGUCGAAGUAUGGCCGAACCCGAAGAAGGGCUGCACUAUCGGUUUCCGUUCACACAUUUCCAGCUUGAGUGCUAUUAUCUGGACCAUAACGGCAAGACUUUUGUUAAAAUUCAAAAAAGAUUUCAAAUCAUGGACUUCGACGGAGCCCUUCCCGUCAAAUCACUGUCCGUUUUGCCAUUUAUAGUUGCGGAAAGAGACCUUGAGCUGGUUAACCGAGAGGCCCUCAUUCAACGGGGUAAACAGUUCGUUGAGUGCACUGGGAAGGUGUCUCAUUUAGACUACAGCGGAAGAAGUCAAAACAUGACUCCGAAAGGGCAGAAGCUCACAGAACUGGCCGAAGGGGCUAAAAGUUCGCUGUGCUUCUCCGAAAGGAUUGAGGGUGAGGUCAUGGUGGACUUUUCCCGCGCGUUGCAAGAAGUUCCAGGGUGGAAGAUAGAGUCCAGUGAGUUUCAUUUCAGUACGACAACUCGACACGAGACUGGGAAUGAAAUAGGAAUCGAUGACGAUAAAAGGUGGGAAAAUGCGUUGACAGACGAGUUCUUUGAAAUGGAAGAGAAUAGGUGGCGCGCGUGGGAUAGAGGGAAUGAAGUUCCAUCAGAGGAGGAGGAUCUUCUACUGCUGCCCGAUCGUAUUUUUGCAUUUGUCCUGCCGAGUAGACGAUGGGCGUGCUUGCAAAUUGGCAAAGGCCCCGAUGGAAAAGAUCAGUUACGCCCUCGAACUCCGGAGGACAAUCCUUGGGAGAAAUUGCAACUUCCACCUGGUCACAAAGAGCUGGUGCAGUCUCUUAUUCAGUCCCAUUUCUCCCAGACUCACUCUUCGACGGUACAUUUUGAUUUGUUGAGGAAUAAAGGAAAUGGAGUCAUUAUCCUAUUGCAUGGUGUUCCAGGCGUGGGCAAAACGUCAACAGCAGAAUGCGCCGCCAUCAGUACUAGCCGGCCAUUGCUUCCAAUCACCUGCGGCGACCUAGGAUUGAGCCCAGGAGAAGUUGAAGAAAAAUUGAAAGAGGUAUUUCGACUUGCCCAGGAUUGGGGCUGUGUUAUGCUGUUGGACGAAGCCGAUGUCUUUCUCGCCCAACGAUCAGUUACUGACACAACUAGAAAUGCCCUGGUUUCCGUCUUUCUGCGUACAUUGGAGUACUAUGAAGGUAUUCUCUUCCUUACCACGAACCGUGUUGGCGUUUUUGAUGAAGCUUUCCGAUCCCGAAUCCAUAUGUCGUUGUAUUAUCCCUCGUUGGAGCGCAUGCAGACCAUGCGUAUCUGGGAAAGGCAUGUUCAAGAAGCUGCUAAGGCUGGCAUCGAAGUCGAUAACGAGUCACUUGUGGACUUCGCCGACAUGAUUUACGAGACCCAAAAGAAUUCUGCGUCCGGUGCAGUGUGGAAUGGGCGGCAGAUCCGUAAUGCAUUCCAGAGUGCCCUCGCCUUAGCGGCUUUUCACUCUCACGGUGGUCCAGUCAAACUUGAACGUCGAUUUUUCGAAAAUGUGUUCAGAGUAUCAGAUCAAUUCAGCAGCUACAUCUGGACAACGAAGAAUUACCAAUCUGACGCGGACCGCAAUCGACUGGGCAUGGUCCGACGAGACGAUUUCAAUUAUCAAUCAAUGAGCACUGGAGAAUUCGCUUUACAGCAACAACGGCAGCAGCAAAGACAACCAGGUAUCUUGCAAUCAACAUAUAGCCAGCGAAUUCCACAUUCACCGUCGAACAUCGGUUUGCAAAGACCCCAGCCACGGGCAGAGCCGAUAGCAGGUCUUGCGUCUUAUCCAGCCCACGCGCAGCGUCUUGACAACAUCCAAGCCGCUGGUAUGCGACAGCCAAAUAUCCGACCGCCAGAGCAGGAGUACCAACAUGUCGCGUCAACAGUCCCGCGCCACAUGACUCCAGAUCCUCUCUAUACUAACCAGCCGAUUGUACGAUCUGAGCAGCCCCUACAAUACUCCAAUACCGGUGCAAUGUAUGGCACCGCCGAUCCGGAACUUCGCGUACCGUCCACACGUCAGACAAUGUUUACGCCUCCGCCACCGACGAAUCCACAGGGAGGCCACUACUAA